AUGGCGAAUGGCUUGCAACGGCCAAAUCGGGCGGUUCAACGGCCAAGUCGGCGCCGCAUUGGUCACGUCGGGCGAGGCUGGCAGUGCAACAGCGUGACAUGUGCCAAGUCCCACCCGACUGUCCACCCGCCUAUGCCCCAUUCACCAGGCUUCACUCUACGGUAG